UCUCCGCCUUCGCCCGGCAUGCAGGGUACACCGAGCAAAAAGAAAUCCAUACUGGGCCAAAUCAGCCUCUUCGACAGGACUCUCCCAGAAUUCUUCCAACGCUACGUCCCCUGCGAAUCGCCUUUCCCCGGGACCCUAGCAGGAAUGAGGAAGCUCGUGCGGGACUUUCAGCCUCGACGCAAACCCAAGUUCGCCGACGGCAGUAGAUGUCCUAUUCUAUUUCCGUUCAAGGCAUGGGAGGACGAGCACAACUACACUAUGCCGGACAUCUUAUGUCGUUUCCCGGACAACGGAGCAAGGCUCAAGUUGGGCGGGGCAUGGAAAGACAUCUCUAUGGUGUUCGAGAUCAAACCUACAAGCGGCGAAGAUCCGAUUGGCAAGUACGGCGUGAAACCUAGCAAAAGGGAGACGGGCACACUCACGCAGCUUGCGAAGAGCGCGCGGAACCUCCUGUUGACACACGGGAUGCUCUUUGUGUUCGUCGUCGGAAUCUACGGCGACAUCGCUCGGAUAUACCGCGUUGACCAUGCGGCGUGCGUCGUCUCACGAUCAUUCGACAUCAAGGAGACGCCAUGGCCUCUCCAUGAACUGCUCUGGCGUUUCUGUCACUACCAAGCCCCGGAGAGAGGCGUAGCCGGCGCACCUCUCACCUUUAUGCUUCUCGGCGCGGAUCCGUCGGUUCAGCGAGCUACCGAAGGCGACGUCAAGCUUGCUGAAGAAAUGUGCGCGAAAGUGGGUAUAGAAUCCCUCACGGAGACGGACAAGCAGGCGUGCCGAUGGAUCACAAUACCGAGAUACUCCGAGGAUGGGACGGAGGCAGGGGCGACAAGGUACCUGAUCUAUCGCAUCCGUUCUCUCAAUCCGCGGCUCUUCUCGCGCGCGACCAUCGUGUGGGAUGCGCUUGAAGAGGGGACGUGGGAGCCUUGCGCAAUCAAGGACGCGUGGAGACAACUUGCGCGCGAUCGCGAGGACGUAUUAUACGAUGAAAUCCGUGGAGCGUUUCAAUCGCGGUCAUGGCGCGAGUUGUUCGAGGAUUACGUCUUCAUGCACCGUAACGAUGGGCCUGAGGAGAAACCAUCAAUUCCGACCGGACCCUUUCAGGUAGACGACCAAGGUUGCCCUAUGCUCCCACCAGAGAUAGAAGAGAUGCUAGUUGACGCGCAGCUUGACCCUACGGUUGCAGAGCUAUACGGCCUGCCGGAGACCUCGUAUAGCGAUGACCUUGGGGCACGCGAGGCGAACCAAUCCCUGCGUCCGGACUCGGGCGACAUUGCCGGUGCCCGUGACGGUCUCAAUCCUGUCGCAAACAGUACUGAUCAACCACCCAUGUACGGCCAUCGCACCAUUUGCGGUCAGUUGCGAGACCCGCAGAAGGCGGAAUACGAUGAACGGAGUCACAUGCGGCUGAUAAUGAAGACGACGACGAGGGAGCUCAUCCGGGCUUUCCGGGAUGCUAUCAUUGGACAUAGGCAGGCAUACUUAGCUGGUGUCAUUCAUCGAGACGUCAGCGAAGGCAACGUGAUGCUUUGCGAUACAUGGAUCAUCUUCUUCGCUGGCUUCCUCCUCGAUUUCGACUACAGCUUUGACUGGAAGGCCGCGCUUAGGCAUGCGGGGAUGCCGGUCAACGAGGCAAACUGGAAGAUGUUUGUAAAGCAGUACAACGAAAGUCUGGCUCAACCUGGGCGACCUGGACCGCCUGAACAGAAGAUCCCCGUCCUAGGCCCCCAUAAUACGAACGCUUCACCGCACGCCCAGGCCGCUCGGGAGCAGUGGGAGGCGAGGAUGAAAAUGAAGGAGAGGACGGGCACGCUAUACUUCAUGGCCAUUGAAAUCCUGGAGACAUUUCGCGCGCACGAUGUUCGCCACGAUCUGGAGUCGUUCUUCUGGCUCUUGCUGUGGAUCGUUCUUCGAUACACCGACAAUACCGAUUGUUACACCGCUUACCUCACGCUUUUCGAUGCACAAACCGGAAGAAAGAGCGCGGCAGGCAAGAGACAGUUCCUCACGACCCCGACGGAAUUCGAGGUCAAAGAUAACGAGCCACUGACGACUCUCAUCCACGACUUCAAGACUUAUGCUCGACAACCCACAGUUCCUCUCACUUACGAGAGCGUAUUGGCAGUCUUCGACAAGGCGCUUGCGAAUCCGUCUUGGCCGAAGAACGACGCUGCGCUACCCGGGCAAGAUGGCUCUGCAGGAUCGCGUCAGGACAAGAAACGCUCGAGGUCGGACGUUGACGACAUGGAACGCAUUGAAGAGCAGCAUGUGGACAACGACGAUCCAUUCGGAAUGCAUGAACCUGCUGCCAAGAGGCCGCAGAUCGCCUGUCCGGGCCUCAGUCCUCUGCGAUUCGAGCUCGGGGAAGCUGGACCGAGUCAUUAGGUCGUGGGGUGGAAUCGUGACUGCGAAUGCCGUGACUUGGUGUACGAGUAUUCUCUCAGGACUGUCCGUUGUACUAUCGAAUUCCGCUGUUGAUAUUUAUUCGUGUACUCUCGAACGUCUGCUCUGCAAUGUGAUCUCCGUUAUAUUUAACAUCGCGGCAGUUGCUCACGC